AGAAGAUCUGUUGGAAUAUUGUUUCUCACAUGGAGCCAAAUGUGUCAUCAGGACUGUCUGUCCCUGUCUCUGUGUCCCCUACACUCACUGCUCAGACCUGCUGUCCUCCAGCCGUCCACUAGAUGUCCUCAGACUCUCAGUCCAGGUCACCUGACGUCCUCUCCCACCUGCACACCUGUCCUGACUCCCUUCAUCAGUCACCUGUUGUGGACUCACCUGGAUGUUGACCUGUUGUUUAUCACCUGUCAGCCUCGUCACUCUGGAAGCUUCUGAACCUCCAGUUUGUCUGCAACACUCUGUCUGUUUGUGGCCAGCAGAGUUUCAGUAUCAGAGUUUUGGCUCGGACUCGCAGCAGCAUGUGAACACAUUAAACCAACAGACUGUUUAACAGCAGAGACACACAGAGACGUCUCUGCUGAGACCUGAAGACAGAGGACUGCGUCCUGAUUGGACCGUUUCACAGGUGGUCUCAGUGAGUGCGAACAGUUUGGAUUGAGGGCGGAGAAAAGAAACACCACUGACCUCCAUAACCUCUCUCACUGAUCUGACAUCCAUCAGCUGCUGCUGCCAAAACCUGUAACUGGAGAUCUGAUGGGAUCCACUGCUGCUGGAUAUCACAGAGAGACGUCUUCUGAGUCUUCACGUCUUCAUCACUGACAUUAAACUCAACAAACUGAAUCUGAUUCUCCAGAGUUCAGAUCCAACAUGGCCGCCGCCGCUGAUGUGAAUGUGGACGAUUACAGUGUUUACAGUCACCUGUCUGAUGAGGAGCUGUUGCAGAUCGCUGUCGAGAGGAGCCUCUCUGACACACACCUCCCCUCAGGUCAGAGCUCAUCAUCAUCAUCAUCAUCAUCAUCAUCAUCAUCAUCAUCAUCAUCAUCAUCAUCAUCAUCAUCAUCAUCAUCAUCAUCAUCAUCAGCAGCAGCAGCAGCAGCAGCAGCAGCAGCAGCAGCAGCAGCACCUCCUCCCUGUGCUGCCCCAACCCGAACAAACCCAAACCCCGUACAGAGACACCCCGACCCUCCGCUUCCGUCACAGCCGUGUGUCCAAAACUCUGUCAACCCUCCAACAGGCCUGUUCCAGUUCAUCUACAGAGGCAUCAGGAGCGAGUUCAGUCCUCUGCAGUCUCUGAUUAUAAACGGAGACAUAGAGGCUCUGAAGGAUCUGGUCAGACGUGGGUCCAGCUGUCUGACGGAGCCGAACGAUGACGGCUGGAUCGCUCUUCAUGAAGCUGCUUAUUAUGGACAGCUGCAAUGUGUCAUCGUCCUCGUCACAGCUCAUCCUGACUCGGUGAACAGAUGCAGUUUGAGGAAUCAGACGGCUCUGCGGCUGGCUGCGGGCCGAGGAAAAGUUUCCUGUGUCGAUUUUCUCCUGAAACACGGAGCCGACCCAAACAUCGCCAACAAGGACCAAGAGACGCCACUGUUCUCAGCCUGUGAGAACCCGAACGAUGCCAUCGUGGAUCUGCUGCUGAAGUUUGGAGCUCAGGUGAAUCGCUGCAGCACUCAGGGAGUGAGUCCUCUUCAUGAAGCCUGCAGACAUGGACAUGUGAAGAUCUGCAGGACGUUACUGGAGUCCGGAGCCAAUCUACACACCAGGAACAUCUACGGCAUCCAAGCGUUCUUUACCGCCGCACAGCACGGACACGUCGACGCCCUGCACCUGCUCGCCAAGAAAGGUGCAGAUAUAAAUGGACAGGCACAAGACGGAGCCACGCCACUGUAUGAAGCCUGUAAGAACGGUCACUUUGCUGCUGUGGAGGUGUUGCUGUCUCUGAAAGCCGACGCUAACCGAUCCACGAAGUCUGGCCUGCUGCCUCUUCAUGUGGCUGUUCAGAACGAUCACACACGAAUCGUGUCGCUGCUGAUCCCGGUGACCAGCAGAGUCAGAAUCCGGACCAGCGGUAUCAGUCCUCUGCACAUUGCUGCAGAGAACAACAGUGAUGACAUCAUGGAGCUGCUGAUCGAGUCCGGCUUUGACGUUAACACCAAGCUGUCAGAGGACCGCUCCAAGAUGUACGAGGACCGGCGGAGCACGGCACUUUACUUCUGUGUCUAUAACGGGAACCUCGAGGCUGCUGAGAUGUUGCUGGAGGCUGGAGCUGACCCCAACCUGGACGUCUUCAACCCGCUGUUCAUAGCCGUCCGGCUCUGCCGGAUGGACAUGGCAACGCUGCUGCUGAGCUACGGCGCCAACGUCAAUGCUCAGAUCGCCACCCAGCCAUCCUCGUUCCCGGCGGCUAUCCUGCUGAGAAUGGAGUCUCUGUCCAUGCUUAAACUGCUACUGGACAAUGGCUGCGAUGCUCAGUCCUGCUUUGACUGUCUGUAUGGCCAAAAACCACAUCCUGUCAUGCCGUCACGCCGUCCCAUUGAAGAAAUGCAGUUCUGCGAGGCCGUCUCCAGCCCGACUUUCUGCCAUAGCGCUGGUCCCAUCAUCUCACUGAUGCUGGACUACGUCAGCCACGUCCACCUGUGCUCUCAGCUGCAGGAUGUCCUGAGGAGUUGCAGCGACUGGAUGCCGAUCAUACUGAAAGCUCGUCCUCCUCAUCCUCUGAUGCAGCUCUGCAGGUUGAAGAUCAGACGUCAGGUUGGAGUCCGAAGACUCAAACUGCUCCACAUGCUGCCACUUCCUGUCAGACUCAUCCGCUUCCUGCACUAUGACAUCACCUGCUCAUUCACCUGAACUCACCUGCUGUGGUGUGGUCGCACCACAAAGUGACGUGUAAAUAUGUUGAUGAUGUGGGAGCGCUCGCAGUGCUCGGUGGUGGACUGUUGUAGCUAACGAGCUAACCGCUAAUGUUUUGUUAAGAGAGAAAAUAAAGGUCUCCAGUUAGCUGGUCUGUUAGCAUGUUAGCUUAGCUGAGUUUAACUGAAUUUGAAAGACUUCUUGUGUUGGUGCUGACUUCACUGGUUGAUCUGUUGUGUUGUUGCAGUUGAACUGGUCGCACUGGUUUUACACCACACUGAGCACUGCGUACACACAAAACAAGGCCUGAAAGAGGCGGACGCCGCUUCACACGCAGAAGGUGUGAUCUUUAAAAACAGAUUUGAUGGAAGAAACUUUGGUGCAUGCUAAUGAAGCUUUUGGCGAUGUGGACGGUGACGUCGAAGCCUGACUGUAGACACUGUUGAAUAUUUUUUGGCUUUUGUCCUUAUGUAUAUUUUCAGUCUGGAUCCUGUGCACUGUUUUAUAAGUGAGACUGCCGGUGAUUUUAGACUUGAAGGAGACAGAACUGAAUGUUUGUCAGUGACCUUUGACCUCUGUUAUAUGAUUUUUAAAACGUGUCAUUAAAGGUCACACAGAAAUAAAGCUGCACAUCAGCAGACAGAGGUCUCACUCUGAA